UUUCUGGUGACCCCGGAAGAGAAACACCAUACAGAUUUCUUCCGGUUCGUGGACGUAAGAGGAUAAACAUGACUCGACAUGGGAAGAACUGCACAGCUGGAGCCGUUUACACUUAUCACGAGAAGAAGAAAGAUACCGCUGCGUCGGGUUAUGGGACGCAGAGUUUGCGUUUGGGAAAAGAUGCCAUUAAAGAUUUUGACUGCUGCUCUCUGUCCUUACAGCCCUGCAGAGACCCUGUCAUAACUUUAGACGGAUAUAUUUAUGAAAAAGAAGCCAUUCUUCAAUACAUCCUUCAUCAUAAGACUGAUAUUGCCAAGAAAAUGAAGGCAUAUGAGAAGCAGAAACAGGCUCUGAAGGGUGAGGGCCAGCUGGAGUCCAAGGAGAGAGAGAGAGCAGAGAAGUUCAAAGAGCGAGAGAACAACAUUGUCUCCAAGCCGAUCAACCCUUUUACCUCAGGACAAUCUAAAGAUGAAGGAAACCAAGCCAGCUCCUCCAGUUCUAACUCUUCUGCAGGAGAGGCUAGUACUGCUUCAGCCCUGCCCAGCUUCUGGAUCCCCAGCCUCACACCAGAGGCCAAGCCCACCUUGCUCAAAAAACCUUCAAAGACGGUGUUGUGUCCCAUGUCAGGACAUCCCUUGAAGAUGAGUGAUUUGAUUCCUGUACGCUUCACUCCCCUGGACCCCAGUCUGGACAGGGUGGCCCUUCUCACACGCCAAGACAGAUACGUCUGUGCGGUUACCAAAGAUACACUCGGUAACUCUGUGCCCUGUGCAGUUCUCAGACCCUCUGGAGUGGUAGUCACAAUGGAGUGUGUAGAGAAGCUCAUACAGAAAGACAUGGUUAAUCCAAUAACUGGAGACAAACUGAAGGAGAAGGACAUCAUACCCAUCCAAAGGGGUGGGACUGGCUUUGCAGGUUCAGGAGUGGAUCUCAAAGCUAAAGAGGCCAGACCUGUAAUGCAAGCGUAAAUGAGAAGAUCGGAGUUCUUGCACACUUUGACUCUGUAAAUGACGUUAUUAAUUCAGCUGGGCUUUUUUGCGUUCUGUUGUUGUUGUAAUGUUUGGGAAGGGGUAAUUUGGUAUGUAUUCUUUAAAGAUAAUGUGACAUUUAAUUAAUGUGACGCAUUAAUAUACAAUAGAUACAGUAGUCUUUAGGUUCUUUUCUUAAAUAAACCAUUCUUUUUACACCA